AUGCCGCAAUCGCGAUUCUCGUCGGUGACGACGGCCCUCCUCCACGGCCUCCUGGCCUCUUCGUUCGCCGGGAUCGCCAACGCCGCGUCGUUCCCUCGCGCCGUUACGGGGGAUGGAUUCAUUAGCAUCCCUAUCGAUUGGAAGGAGAAGGUGAAGAGCUCGAGCUCGAUCCAGGCGCGGAAUCCGUUUGAGGUUGCCCUAGAUAAUCAGGUCACUUUCUACACUAUAGAGAUCUCUCUCGGCAAGCCCGCGCAAUCCAUCGCCGUCCUCAUAGACACAGGCUCCAGCGACCUCUGGGUCACGCCGACUUGCAACCACUCCCCCGACCCAUUCACUACCAGCAUGUGCCUCGCCUUCGGCACCUACAACCCGCAGCGCUCCACCACCGUCCAGGGCCCCGUCGCCAAGGGAAGUCUCCACUACGGCGACUCGAGCGACGCGAGCACCCAGACCUCCGUCACGCUAAACUACUACAGCGACAGCCUCACCAUCGGCACAGUCACCCUCACCGACCAGAUCUUCGGCGUCAUCGUCGACGGCACAGUCGACGGUAUCUCAGGCAUCUUUGGCCUCGCACCUGACGUCCAUGCGGGCUUCGCAGAGGGUCAGCCGUAUUCGCUUGUGCUCAACUCGAUGAAGGAGCAGGGGUUUAUCAAGUCGAGGGCCUUUUCGCUGGAUCUGAGGCACGCUGACGACGAGACGGGUGCCGUCAUCUACGGCGGUCUUGACGUAAAGAAGUUUGCUGGGCCCCUCGUCAAGUUCCCCAUGCAACCAGGUGUAGAAGGCGAAGCUCGCCUCGCCGUCUGGUUCUCCACAAUAGGCGUCACCCGCACCGGCAACACAACCCACUCCGUCCCCGAAACAUCCACCAACGCCCUCCUCGACAGCGGCACGACCCUAACCCGCCUCCACCCGCAAGUCGCCCAGCCCCUCCUCAACGACAUGGACGCCACCAUGGACGACGAGGGCUUCUUCCUCGCCCCUUGCUCCCUCCGCCGCACCGCCUCCACCGUUGACUUCGGCUUCGGCGACCCCGCCAACAACGGCGGCAAGGCUCCCAUCGUUCUCCGCGUGCCCAUGUCCGACUUCAUCCUCGAUACCCAGCACCCUCUGAACCCGAGGCUGUGCUACAUCGGCUUGCGCGUGACGGAGCAUCAGCAGAUCCUGGGCGAUUCCGUCAUGCGUGGAGGGUAUUUCGUCUUCGAUUGGGAUAACCAGGAGGUUCAUGUUGCACAGGCGGCGAACUGCGGGACAGAGAUCCUGGCUAUUGGCGAGGGUCGCGAUGCGGUGCCCGGUGUCCAGGGGAAGUGUUCACUUGAUAACCCGAAUCCCACAGAGGCUCCCACCGCUGCCGAUGAAGGUGGCCCGGCCCUCCCUACAACGCCCUACACCACCACCUUUACCAUCUCCUCAUGCCCAAGCUUCGAUCUUGAAUGUACUCCCGGCAUGCUUACAACGCAGACAUACGUUCCCCUCACAACGGGCUCAUCCAAUUCGGCGGGAGGGAACGAAGAGGAUGCUGCAUGGGGUCGUGGGGACAUUCUCAACCUUUGGAUCUUGUUCGCUACCGGUGUCGGCGCCGCCGCUCUAGUUUUCAGCACAUUGGGCGGACUCGGCUUAUUUUAG